UUGACGCUCGCCCGCCGCUGAUUGGGCGAAGGAGGACGUUCCGCGGCGGAGGCGGCUGAGGGGAGAGAGCGGCGCCUCGGCGGCGAAAGCAGGCCCGGGAUGUCGGCGGCGGAGCGGGGAGGCGCCUGGGAAGCGGGCCGGCAGCGGGGAGCGGGGCCCCAGGCCGCCGCUCCUCACGAAGGACUUCUCUACCGCUUCGCCAGGCUCCCGCCCGGACCAGGCCGCGCCGGCCACAGAAUCCCUCCAGCCAGAAGUGGCCACCGGUGUGUAGCAGACAAUGCUAAUUUGUACGUAUUUGGAGGAUACAAUCCCGACUAUGAUGAGUCUGGAGGGCCAGAGAAUGAAGACUACCCACUCUUCAGAGAGCUCUGGCGAUACAACUUUGCUACAGGCAUCUGGCAUCAAAUGGGCACAGAGGGCUACAUGCCUCGGGAGUUGGCUUCCAUGUCACUUGUGCUGCAUGGGAAUAACCUCUUGGUCUUUGGCGGCACCGGAAUCCCAUUUGGUGAGAGCAACGGCAAUGAUGUCCACGUCUGCAAUGUGAAAUACAAGCGCUGGGCCCUGUUCAAUUGCCGAGGGAAGAAACCAAAUCGCAUCUACGGACAGGCAAUGGCAAUCAUUAAUGGAGCCUUGUAUGUAUUUGGAGGAACCACCGGCUACAUUUACAGCACAGACCUACACAAGCUGGACUUGAAUACCCGGGAAUGGACCCAACUGAAGCCAAACAAUAUGCACUGUGACAUGCCAGAGGAAAGAUACAGACAUGAAAUUGCACAUGAUGGACAGAGGAUUUAUAUCUUGGGUGGCGGAACAUCUUGGACAGCCUAUUCCUUGGACAAGAUUCAUGCCUACAACCUUGAAACAAACACGUGGGAGGAAAUCGCAACAAAGCCUUACAAGAAAAAAGAGUUCCCAGCGGCCAGAAGAUGUCACAGUUGUGUACAGAUAAAAAGUGAUGUCUUUGUCUGCGGAGGAUACAAUGGAGAAGUGAUCCUGGGAGACAUCUGGAAGCUGAGUCUGCAAACUUUCCAGUGGGUGAAACUCCCGGCUGUUAUGCCUGAACCAGUCUAUUUCCACUGUGCAGCUGUGACUCCGGCCGGCUGCAUGUACGUCCACGGCGGGGUGGUGGACAUCCACCGGAACAGACGGACUGGCUCUCUCUUUAAGAUGUGGCUGGUUGUGCCCAGCCUCCUCGAACUCUCUUGGGAGAAGCUUCUGGGUUUUUUCCCUCACUUGGUGAAGCUCCCCAGAUCGCAGCUUUUGCACCUUGGACUCACACAGGGACUCAUCGAGCGCUUGAAAUGAGAACCUCCUCCGGCCCUGGCUCUCGCUCGCUCACGACAGUAAUUUAAGAAGUGACUCCUUUUGGCCCUUCUCUUUCUUUCUCCUUCUCUCUCUCAACCCUUUCCCCCCUCUAUUUAUGAGUUCUGCGGAGGAGGAGGAGGAGGAGGAGGAAGACGCUGCUAAGGAGAUGGAAAGCUCUGCUCCAAAGCCUUACUCGGCACACUACAUCCGAUGCCUUUCUUGUGAAUUUUUUUUAUUUUAAAAUUUAUAGAAGUCUGCUUCUUUUUUAAUUUAUGGAUACCUAUAAAUACAUCAUGAACUAAAUAUACUGUUGCUGAUCUAAUUUGGACUGCUUUCUGCUGCAUGCUCAUAGUCUCGGAAGGAAGAGGGGUCAUCCGAGGGCACGGUGACCCACCUUUCUGUUGCCUUCUCUCCUUGGUGUUGUUUUGUAAGAUCCAUUUGAGUGGCUGGAGCCUGUCCUAGCUUUCACCCACAGCACUUGCUGGUUCUCAACCUCUUUAUAAAAGGGAGCAAAUGGCAUCUUUUGUUGGCAUUUCUCUGGCGGAGGGAGGCUUGAGCGAGAUGCAAUUGGCGCAGUGUGUUGUGGCUUUUUCAAACUCUGUUCUCAUUUUCUUGCCUUUUCAUAUUGAAACGCCCAGCCGAAGGGUAAUUUGCAGCUGCUGCCUGUGAAUUACAGUAUUACUCUCUUAUCUGGCAUUGAAGGAUAGAACCUGUUUCUUCUUUUGUCCAAAGAAAGAAAUCAAGGAGUUAGAGUGUGUUGGUUUUGUUUUGCUUUAUUGUCACACGCAUUGUCCGUUUUGCGAACUUUGACAUCUAUUUUUAGUGCGGAAACUGUAUCAACCCCUAAUAUUAUUCUGUAGGUACAGCACUUAACACCACCAGCCUCUGAAUCCUUCGCUUUUGAGGGUUGGUUUGUUUUAAAAUCCCAUUUCAGUGGACUGUGUCCCUCAUCCUAAUGGGUCAUUCCUUCCUUCCUGCGUUUGUUUGUUCCUUCAUUCCCUGAAAUGCCACAUUAGCACCGCUGCCGCCCUUUCUUUCUUGCGCACAAGCAAGAAGCCUGACCUUUUUGCUGCAAAUAGUAUUUGCCUUGUUUCUUUGGUCACCAAUGCUGGAAGAGGAAACCGUGUCUCCGUCUUAACCGUCGUGUCCCGAGCGACCGUGUAAAUCCGUUCUGUAGAAUGUAUGCCAAAACAGCCGUGAAACCAAGCAUCAAGCCUGGCUCCGGAGGCUGGGUCUUUGAAUCUUAUUUUGGAAGGUGUUCUUUUUGUUUUAAAUUGUACAUGAAACCUUGCUGGUGCUUGUUGUCAUGUGUCUUCUUUUUUUAAAGAAAUGCAUAGAAGUUGGUUCUUUUGGUUCUGGAACUGGAGGGGAUGUUGAAAUGAUGCAUUCAUGUGGAACAGCAGGCCACAGUUUGGACUUAUAAAUAAUAAUAAAACUAUUUAUAUACCACUCUA